AUGUCCGAAGUCCAAACUCGGCCUGCCGCUUCGCGCGGCAGAAGCUCAGCCCGCGGCGGUAGAGGUGGUUAUAGAGGCGCACCGCGCACCACCAAACAGACGAAUGGAGAUCUUCAGGACACCGCAGUCGACACCUCGGCAGAUCAAGGCGAACUCGGCGAGCUGAAGAAGAAGUACUCCUCUCAAUUGAGCAUGCUGAAAGAGCUGUUCCCGGCUUGGACGGACGUCGAUCUUGUCCUGGCUCUUCAGGAGUCCGAUGGAGACCUGCAGAGCACCAUUGAGCGAAUCACUGAAGGCAACGUAUCCCAAUUCUCCGAAGUCCCAAAGAAGACCAAGGACAGGUCCCGCUCCAAAGCCAAGGAGGGCUUCACUCCCGGCGCGGAUACCGCGACUUCCUCAUCCCGUUCAGCCCGUGGUAGAGGUGGGCCGGACAGCGCUCGUGGCGCACGAGGACGUCCUGAACGCGGCCGUGGAGCAUUUAGAGGUGGUCGAGGCGGAACUCAGACGGGUACCAAUGGAGCACGCACUGCCUCUGGUCCGGCCUCCGUUCCUACAACAGAGUCAACUGCCUGGGAAGCCAGCGCUCCGACUGAGGGCAAAGAGAACGACUCAUGGGAUACGUCGGCUGCAGCGAACACUGGCGAAGCCGCUCCGGAGGCGCAAUGGGCGAGCACCGCUGCUUCGACCGCUACUCCUGCGACUGCGUCAGAGGGUCAGAAGAGCAGUCUUAUAUCUGAAGGCGGCGCAAAGAAAACUUGGGCAAGCAUGUUUGCCAAGCCCAAGCCGGCUCCGGCUCCGCCUAAACCAGCUGCUAUGGCACCGCCCCUAGCUGAAGUCGGAUUGCCGCCAGCAGUAGAGAUCCCUGAGGUGCAAGAGGAUGCCGCGCAAGUAGAAGUAGAGCCGGAAGCCCUGCCAGUCCCGCCCGUUGUUGACGAAGCUCCGGAAGUGGAGCCUUCUACUAUACCGGUCGAGCCCCCAGAGGCAACCCCAGAAGCUGAGAUCGAAGAGGCUGCACUACAGCUCACGCCAUCCAAGGACGAACUGACGGAAGACAAUCUGGAACAUCUCCCUGACGCCUCUGUGCCUGCGCCCACCGAAACCGCUGCUAGCACCGUUGCGAGCUCGCGGGAUAUAGGCGUCGCGACGCCCUUGCCUCCAGGUCAGCAACCACCCAUCAGCCGCCCGCCAAUGGGUGGCUUCGCAACCAGUGCGUUCAAGGCUACCGGAGCGCCGGGACGCAGUGCUAGCUUCCAGCGGAGGAUUAUGGAGCAGCAAGAGGCUGUCGUCAUGCCAGGCAAUCAUGCUGUUGAUCGGGCUGCAGUGCAGUUCGGCAGUAUGGGCCUAAACGGUGACGCAGAUCUGGAUGUGGAUGAUGAUAGAGAGGAGCCCGAGACGCGCACUCAGCCGCCCCAGCAAUCGCCUGCCGCACCCAGGGCUUCCUUGCCCCCUGCGAUUCGGCAGCCAUCGCUGCCAUCGGAAGCUCCUAUUCAAGACACUCUUCCUACACCGAAGCAAGCUGGUCUUCCGUCGGUGCCACAGCAGCAGCAACAGACUGCCCAGCAACAUUCACCCCAGAACACCCUGGGUGCUCAAGUAAUGCCACAGCAAGCCCCUCAUGGUGGUCAGCAAUACAGUCAAUACGGCCGCUAUGAUCAGCCAAUCCUGCCGUCUGAGCAGUCAGCCCCGUUGCCGAAAGCCUACGAUCCGUUCAGCCAGCAGACCGGUCGUCAGAGCCAUCUGGAGAGCUAUCCAAGCCAACAACAGUCCCAGAUUCAGCAGCAGGUGCCGUCGCAGCUCGGCGGAUUCUCGUCUGCGCCUUCCGACCAUUCCUCUUACUACACCUCAGACCAGUCACGAAAUGCCUAUGGCAACUUUUACGGCGCUGGUUACGGUCAGCAAGGAAGCACCAGUCAGCAAGACGCUGGCGCCUCUCAGCAGAGAACCGGCAGUGCGUUUGGCGCAUCUGCUGCCGACUCUGCUUAUCCGACGAGCCAGUCACAACAGGUCCCGUCACGCUACGGUGAAGCCCAAAACAGUGGUCACAACACGCCGAAUCCUACGCUGGCUGCACAACAACAUGCAGGCGCCCAGUCGCAACAGGCGCAGCAACUCCACCAGCAGCCAUACGGACAGUCUGGAUAUGGUUAUGGCGGAUAUCCUAACCACCCGUACUACAACAGCCCGUACUACGCCGCCUACAUGAACCAGUCCGCGCAGCACGGCUACGGUGGACCCUUCGGCGGCAAAGGCGGCAUGUACGGCCAGCCCCACCACGGCUACGGCAUGUCACCGCAGACCUCCCACGAUCAAUACUCAUCCUCUCCCGCCGCCGGCGGCUUCGGCGCCUCAUCCAUGCAUGGCCGCGACACCGGUCUCACUGGCGGUCUCAGCGAAUACUCCCGCUCUGGCUCGACCCAACCCACGCAAAUCUCAUCGCAAGACGCUCGUUACAGCGGCAUGUCGGACCCCUUCGGCCGCUCCCAGAGCGGAUUCCCAGGCCAGUCUCAGGGCUAUGGCCAGCAGCAGAGCGCCCACCAGAGCAACACGGAUCCGUCUGACGCCCUGAAGCCGUUCGGCAGCGACGCGAAGUCUGGACCCAGCCCCUCUGCGCUCGGCCAGCCGGGUCGUCCUGGCUCGGCUACCAAUAAUACGCCUGGUGUAGGAUCGCAAUCGGGCCUUCCGCCCCCGCAGUCGCAUCAGCAGGGCUUUGGCGGCUAUCCGGGCCACCUUGGCGGCGGCCAGGGCUCCCAGUAUGGCGGCUUUGGAGGACUUGGCGGACAUCAGAGCAGUGCACAGAAUAAUCAGGCCGGUGGAUAUGGGGGCUAUGGUUCUGGGUUCUCGAACUAUGGUGGGAGCUAUGGACGUGGAGGUUGGGGUGGAAAUUACACCCAGCACUAG